CCCCGCGGCCCCGGAGGUUUCACUGCACAACAAGAUGGCGGCGGCGGCGGCGAGCGGAGCUGGCGGGGUUGCCGUGGCCGGAGCAGGGGGAGCCGGGCCGGCGGGCCGCCUGCUGCCUCCGCCUGCCGCGGGGCCCCCGGCAGCCCCCGCCGCUGUGCCCCCGGCCGCCGGCCCGUCGCGUCCCACAGCCCCGGCCUCCCGCGGGUCAAUGUCUGCUCGCAUCGGCUACUAUGAGAUCGACCGCACCAUCGGCAAGGGCAACUUCGCUGUGGUCAAGCGGGCCACGCACCUCGUCACCAAGGCCAAGGUUGCUAUUAAAAUCAUAGAUAAGAGCCAGCUGGAUGAAGAAAACUUGAAGAAGAUUUUCCGGGAGGUUCAGAUAAUGAAGAUGCUUUGCCAUCCACAUAUCAUCAGGCUCUACCAGGUCAUGGAGACAGAACGGAUGAUUUAUCUGGUGACAGAAUAUGCUAGCGGAGGGGAAAUAUUUGACCACCUGGUGGCACAUGGAAGAAUGGCAGAGAAGGAAGCCCGACGGAAGUUCAAACAGAUUGUCACAGCUGUGUAUUUUUGUCACUGUCGGAAUAUUGUUCAUCGUGAUUUAAAAGCUGAAAAUUUGCUUCUGGAUGCCAAUCUGAAUAUCAAAAUUGCAGACUUUGGCUUCAGCAACCUCUUCACUCCUGGGCAGCUGCUGAAGACGUGGUGUGGCAGCCCUCCCUAUGCUGCUCCAGAGCUCUUCGAAGGGAAGGAGUAUGAUGGGCCCAAAGUAGACAUCUGGAGUCUUGGAGUUGUCCUCUAUGUGCUUGUGUGUGGUGCCCUGCCAUUUGAUGGGAGCACACUGCAGAACCUGCGGGCCCGGGUGCUGAGUGGAAAGUUCCGCAUCCCAUUUUUUAUGUCCACAGAGUGUGAGCACUUGAUCCGCCACAUGCUGGUGUUGGAUCCGAAUAAGCGCCUCUCCAUGGAGCAGAUCUGCAGGCACAAAUGGAUGAAGCUAGGGGACGCGGAUCCCAACUUUGAACGGUUAAUAGCUGAAUGCCAGCAACUGAAGGAGGAAAGACAGACAGAUCCUCUCAAUGAUGAGGUCCUCUUGGCCAUGGAAGAUAUGGGACUGGAUAAGGAACGAACACUUCAGUCAUUAAGAUCGGAUGCCUAUGAUCACUAUAGUGCAAUCUACAGCCUGCUGUGCGAUCGACAUAAGAGACAUAAAACUCUGCGUCUUGGAGCACUUCCCAGCAUGCCCCGAGCCAUGACAUUUCAAGCACCAGUCAAUAUCCAGGCGGAGCAGACAGGCGCUGCUAUGAACAUUAGCGUCCCCCAAGUUCAGCUGAUCAACCCAGAGAACCAGAUUAUAGAGCCUGAUGGGACAUUGAACUUGGACAGCGAUGAGGGUGAAGAGCCUUCUCCAGAAGCCUUGGUUCGCUAUUUGUCAAUGAGGAGGCACACAGUGGGAGUGGCUGACCCCCGCACGGAAGUUAUGGAAGAUCUGCAGAAGCUCCUGCCCGGCUUUCCUGGAGUGAACCCACAGGCUCCGUUCCUGCAGGUGGCCCCUAACAUGAACUUCAUGCACAACAUGUUGCCCAUGCAGAGUCUGCAGCCAACUGGGCAGCUUGAGUACAAGGAGCAGUCUCUGUUACAGCCGCCUACACUACAGCUGCUGAAUGGAAUGGGGCCUCUUGGCCGGAGAGCCUCAGAUGGAGGAGCCAACAUCCAACUACAUGCGCAGCAGCUGUUGAAGCGCCCACGGGGACCCUCCCCACUUGUCACCAUGACACCAGCAGUGCCAGCAGUUACCCCUGUGGACGAGGAGAGCUCGGAUGGGGAGCCAGAUCAGGAAGCUGUGCAGAGGUACUUGGCAAAUAGGUCCAAAAGGCAUACACUGGCCAUGACCAGCCCGACAGCUGAGAUCCCACCGGACCUGCAACGGCAGCUAGGACAGCAGUCUUUCCGUUCCCGGGUCUGGCCUCCUCACCUGGUACCUGACCAGCAUCGCUCCACCUACAAGGACUCCAACACCCUGCACCUCCCCACAGAGCGUUUCUCACCCGUUCGCCGGUUCUCAGAUGGGGCUGCAAGCAUCCAGGCCUUCAAAGCUCACCUGGAAAAAAUGGGCAACAGCAGCAGCAUCAAACAGUUACAGCAGGAGUGCGAGCAGCUGCAGAAGAUGUACGGGGGGCAGGUGGAUGAGGGAACCCUGGAGAGGACCCAGCAGCAGCAUAUGCUGUACCAGCAGGAGCAGCAUCACCAGAUCCUCCAGCAGCAAAUCCAAGAUUCUAUUUGUCCUUCUCAGCCUUCCCCACCUCUUCAGGCUGCGUGUGAAAAUCAGCCAGCCCUCCUCACCCACCAGCUCCAGAGGUUAAGGAUUCAGCCUUCAAGCCCACCCCCCAACCACCCCAACAACCAUCUCUUCAGGCAGCCAAGUAAUAGUCCUCCCCCCGUCAGCAGUGCCAUGAUCCCGUCUCACGGUGCUACGUCUUCCUCCCAGUUUCAAGGAUUACCCUCCCAUGGUGCAAUCUUCCAGCAGCAGCCUGAGAACUGUUCCCCACCUCCCAGUGUAGCGCUAACCUGCUUGGGCCUCCAGCAGGCUAGCCAGUCACAGGCAGUGACUAUCCAGCUACAGGAGCCAGUUGACAUGCUCAGCAACAUGGCCGGGACAAGUGCAGGCUCUGCGGGCCGGGGCAUUACCAUCAGCCCUGGAGCCAGUCAGAUUCCGAUACAGCACCGUACCAGCCUAAUGGCUCCCUUCAGCUAUGGGCAUCGGCCCUUGUCCAAGCAGCUGAGUGCCGACAGUGCAGAGGCCCACAGCUUGAACGUGAAUCGGUUCUCCCCUGCUAACUACGACCAGGCGCAUUUACACCCCCAUCUGUUUUCGGACCAGUCCCGGGGGUCCCCCAGCAGCUACAGCCCUUCAACAGGAGUGGGGUUUCCUCCAGCUCCAGCCCUGAAAGUCCCUCCACUUGACCAGUUCCCCACUUUCCCUCCCAAUGCCCAUCAGCAGCCACCACACUACACCACGUCAGCACUACAGCAGGCCCUGCUGUCCCCUACCCCACCAGACUAUACCAGACACCAGCAGGUUCCCCACAUCCUCCAAGGACUGCUCUCUCCCCGGCAUUCGCUCACCGGCCACUCGGACAUUCGGCUGCCUCCAGCAGAGUUUGCCCAGCUCAUUAAAAGGCAGCAGCAGCAUCGACAGCAGCAGCAGCAGCAGCAGCAGCAGCAGCAGCAACAAGAAUACCAUGAAUUGUUCAGGCACAUGAACCAAGGGGAUGCUGGUAGCCUAGCUCCCAGCCUCGGGGGACAGAGUAUGACAGAGCACCAGGCUUUAUCUUAUCAAAACACUGACUCGUACCAUCGCCACCACACCAGUCCCCAGCAUCUCCUACAGAUCAGGGCGCAAGAAUGUAUCUCACAGGGUCCCUCACCCACCCCCGCCCAUGGGUAUGCCCAUCAGCCGCCACUAAUGCAUUCGGAGAGCAUGGAAGAGGACUGCUUGUGUGAGGGGGCCAAGGAGGCCUUCCCAGACAAGAGCUCAAGCACACUGACCAAAGCUUGCCACGACAGCCCUCUGCUCCUGAGUACCAGUGGGCCUGGGGACCCUGAGUCCUUGCUGGGAACUGUGAGUCAGGCCCGGGAGCUGGGGAUCCAUCCCUACGGACACCAGCCAGCUGCCACGUUCAGUAGAAAUAAGGUGCCCAGCCGAGAGUCUGUCAUAGGGAACUGCAUGGACAGAAGUUCUCCUGGACAAGCAGUGGAGCUGCUGGAUCACAACGGGCUUGGGUAUCCAACACGGCCCUCUGCCAGUGAGCACCUCAGGUCCCGGACCCUGCAGAGACACCACACAAUCCAGAACAGCGACGAUGCUUACGUGCAGCUGGAUACCCUUCCAGGAAUGAGCCUGGUGGCAGGAAAGGCCCUGAGUUCCGCCCGGAUGUCAGAUGCGGUUCUCAGCCAGUCUUCACUCAUGGGCAGCCAGCAGUUCCAGGAUGGGGAAGAUGAAGAAUGUGGGGUGAUCCUGGGAGGCCACGAGCACCCAGGCCUGACUGAUGGCAGCCAGCAUUUAAACUCCUCUCGCUAUCCAUCUACGUGUGUUACAGACAUCCUGCUCAGCCACAAGCACCCCGAGGUCUCCUUCAGCAUGGAGCAGGCCGGCGUGUAACAAGCUAUAUCAAGUCUGUGUACAGCUUGAGGAGGAGGCUGAUACGAAACCAACAGUGUCCAGCAGUGUCGCACCACUUUGCCAUCUGUGUCUCCGCCAGAACAGUGCCGCUCCUUUCCCCACCCUGGGCAACCAGUAGGCCGUCGCUUGGGUUGUGAGGGGUGUUUGCCGUGUUUGCUUGUAUGGCCAAGGCACCAAGGAAAUAAACAGGAAAUCCGUGUUCUCCGUCCUAUGUGAGCCAGCAUCUGGAGUGCUUGAGUUGAGUUCUGGUGAUGGAGGUUUGCUUGUGUUUUGUCCCAGGAAUUUUCCUUUGGAGAUGGUUUAUUCUCUUUUCCUUCCCACCCCUCCUUUCUAGCUAGCUCUCUGUGUGUGUGUGCACAUGCACUCGCGUGCGUGCGUGCAUGCGUGUGCGUGUGCGUGUGUGUGUGUGUGUGUGUGUGUGUGUGUUUUGUUUUCUCCUCCAUUUCUGAAGCAGAGGAGGCAGUAGUUAGUAUUAAGGGGCUGAACCUCAGGACCCUCCCUUUUGCAGCCCUCGUCCCACACCAGCCUCUCUCCCUCUGCUCUGGUCUGCCGGGAACACAGGCUGGACCAGAGCUCGGUGGCUAAGAAAGGGAAGUGGCCCCUGCCUUUGGAGAAUAAAGGAGAACAAGAAACCCGAGUCUGGAAUCUGGCGCAGUCUCCUGCUGGCCUUUACUAGACCCAUAUCUGGCCCAGCAGAAUUACAUCAGAUCCCAGUACGGACUGAAUGGCCUGGUGCUGACGAUUGCCAACCAGGAUGGUUCAGCGUGGGCCCCUGUGGUGUGUGGCUCAGUUCCCCUGCAGUCACCGUCCAGUUAGUCCCUCCGGAGUGAACACCCAGCAGGGUUGCCCUGUGCUGUUUGCCUUGCCUCCAUUCUCAUUCUCUGCUACAUUGUAAAAAGGACCGUUGGUCCACUCAUGCGUGCAUAUAUAUGAGUGUGUAUAUAUGCCCUUCCCUUGCAGCCUCUUUGUCACAGACAAGGAUAGGAGGUUGUAUGAGGUCCCUUAACCUCCUCCUCUUCCCUAGCAUCCUCGGCCUCUACCUUUUAAUUCUUGAUCAUGUAGGAAUUGUUUUUGGUAAAUGUUGAUAUUAUUGUUAUUAUUGUUAUUAUUAAUAAAGACAAAAAGGAAUUUUUGUUUAAAAGAGAAAUGUUUAACCAGAUUCUGUGAUAGCAUUGAACUGUGGCUUGCACCUUCUGUUGGAAGUGUUUCCCUUGGCGUUGGCAUCGUGAGCCGCUCUCCUCUGUGCCAGCGACGGAUGUGGUGGCCUCCCUUCCCCAGCUGAAACCACGUAUAUGCAAUAGCUAGUGUUCAGGUCAUUCCCUUUAUUUCUCUCUGCUGUCAGAAACCAAAGUCUUCUCUGCAGCCUGGCACAGAGCAAGGUCUGGGUCCUCUGCUGGUCUUCACAACCAGAGACAGGUGGCCCCUGGCCUGAGUCCCAGCCCUCGUUUCCGAGAGCUUGGUGCCCCCAGCCUCUGAAUCUGCACAGAAGAAAGCCAUUGCCUAGCAUGGCAUCCGGAUGUUGCCAGCAGGGUCCCAACCCAGCAUAUCCUUUCCCACUGACACUGAAAGCUUGCUCCGGAGCCCACUGUCCCUUGAGUGGAUUUGUUUUCAAUGCAAGAGCUUUGCUGGGGACCUAUUCCUGGAUCCCAUAUCCUCCAUCUCCCCUCCACUUCACCAGAAGUCUGACUUCCCAAGAAGCCUUGAAGAGCCAUUGUUGGCUUCCAAGCUCAGUCCAAUUCUGAUGCCCCAGCCUCGCCCUGCUGCUCCCCACGCUCAGCCUAACCUGUUUACAUGGUACUGGAUUGAUGGAAGAGCAGACACCCUCCAGAGCCACCCAGAUGAAAGCCAGUGAGCCUAUUAACCGUGCCAUCUUGCGAACUAUUUUCAAGAUCACCAUUGCUUUAUAUUGUAGUAACCAAUAUGCGCAGUAUAUGUUGAAUGUAUAUGAAUAUACUUUGCUAUUUCUGUUCUUUGAAAAUGUAAGAAGUAUUUUUUCCCUUCAUUUCUGUUGAGCUUUAAAAAAAAAAAAAAGGAUUAAAAAAAAAAAUCUCCAGA